AUGCCAAGUAAAUUUGAAUUUAACAACGUGAAACCCUUCACACCCCGCAAUUAUAGGCAGAUUUUAGAAAGUUGUCCAAAUACAAAUUGGGUAUCACCUGAUAAGUAUCCAAAUCAUCAGAAACAUAUUAUCCAAAGUAAAAGUUCUCCACCUAGAAAUUUGAAUAAUAUUCAGAAUUGUGAAGAAUGUAAUGCGAAUUUGUUUGGAUUUCACCAAAAUGUAUUUUCUAAGUCUCAAAAAUAUGGAGAUGCCAAUAACAAAACUCAAAAUAUAUCAAAUUCCCAAAAUAUGUUUGGUUCUAAUACAUAUUUAGCUAAUACAGAUAAUAUGAUACCAUCAUACAACAACUUUAUUGGGUAUCCCAUUCAGUCAAAUGGGAUGAUGGGAAUGACCUCGGGAGGAUUAUUCUAUAAUAAUAAUUUGAUAAAUUCUAACGACUACCAUUUGCAAAAGGAUUACCAUCCUCAGUAUAAUGUGAGAAAUAAUAUACAUAACAUAACCAAUUCAAAUCAGGUACCAAAUACCUCUUUAAACAAUGUAUAUGUUGGGGCAGAAGAUAUAUUGACAACAAAUAGUGGUACAUUUCCAAAUGAUUUUGACCCUCGAGGGACCAAGGAUAUGCCAGCUAAAGAAAAAGUCACCCAUUGGAUUGAUAAUAUUCCAAUAUAUGAAGUAAAUGACAAUAUUUGGAAUAAUGAUUGUUAUCCGAACGAUUAUUCAUUGAAUUGGGAUGAAACAGAAUUCGAUAAAAGGAAUAAUCAAUUCCUAACACGGGAUCAAACUGUAUCAUUAACCAAUUCUGACGAAUUAAUCUUUCUACAAAGUAAGAAAAUUGAUUGCUUGGUUCGUUUAGUUUAUAGUAUGGAAAAAGAAGAAUCUAAAUCAAAAAACACUCUAUCAAGUGCCAAAAAUGAUACUAUUCUAUUUUAUCAAGAAAAACAUGAUUCAGAAGAACGUGAGUUUGAAAAUAACUUCGAAAUAGGAUUUCCCUAA